AUGAAGACUACAUACAGAAAUGGUGACGUAAUACCUGAAUAUAUGAAUCCAAAACUUGUUUUAGAAAAACUUAACCUUGGUGAAAAGGGUACAGAGGUUGUUGAAUUCAUUGACGUCAGAAGCUUUGAUGUCAACGGUGAACCUAAUAAAGCAAUUGUUGAUCCUAAGAGCAAAAAGACCAUUAUAUCCAAGCACCAGUGUCAGACAUGCGGCAAAUAUUAUUCAUCUAACUAUUGCCUUAACCGGCACAUUGAAACACAACACUCUGAUUACGACAACCUCAGGUGCAAAGUGUGUGAAGAGACCUUUGUAUGGCCAUCGUUACUUCGGUCACACAAAUGCAUCCGUCUGAACCACCCCGAAAUGCCUUUUGAGGACGCAAGGCCCGAGAUCCACUUCGAUAACCUCCAUGAGAUCAGUGAAAAUGGUUUUGAUGAUUUAAAUAUUGGUGAUAAUGAUGAUUAUCUGAAUACAUUGGACUUUGAAAUACCUGCUCCUAUUGUGGAGUUGACGGAGUAUGAAAACUUUGUACCGGCUACCCUACUACCUACGUCUGAUAGGUUCACACCGUUGAGUAAUUUAGGUUAUAAGGUUGUAAUGCAAGAAGUACCGAUAGAGUUUUAA